AUGAUAUCGAAUGAUACUUUGACUCCAAUGCAAUAAACGGCAUAAUUUUAUAUACCUCCAGGAUUUAGUUUUCAUAGAAGAAACCUGAAAAAGCUCAAUCCUUAAAACGAAAAGGUAGAAGUACAAAAUAUCAAUAUAAACCAAAAUCUCAAUUUAAAGUCAAAUAGUUAGCCAAAUCUAUUAAAUCUAACAAGAGAUAAAAAUUUCUCUUUUCAUUUCGACUCAUAAUAACAACCAGUGUAAUAAAACACAAUAUAAAAAUAAUAAUUAUCUCUUUUGGGAAUAUAGCAGAGAUUACUUUUUCCAAGAAUCACUUUUAAAAAAUAGAAUUCUUUAGACAUUGAUGCAAUAAAUAAUAUUUCAUCUCCAGAAAAAAGUAAAAAAAUAUUAAGGGCCUUAUUAAUGCCACCCUAAAAUAAAAUAUAAACUAUAGCAUCUCAGAAAAAUCCUCGUUCAAUUAAGUCUCAGGGUAGAAGUUUUCUAUAAAGUAGACCAUAAUUAAAUCUAUUGAACAGAAUUUUCUCUUCUAAAUCUUAACAUGAAUUAUGA